AUGAGAGGAAUACAGCAGAACUACGGAUUUACCAAUGAUUUUGCUACAGAAUUUCAAGACAGUUUUCCCCAAAGUUGUGGCAAUCCGCAGCAGUCUAAUCCCAUGGGGCUUUGUUUUCAACCAGUAGCCACAGAAAAUGGCUCAGGCUCACCACAGCAGAACUUUUGGUCUGCAAAUUCAUCCGGCUCCAUCAUCGGCCGGCUUGGAUCACCGGCUUCAGCUUUCUAUGCAACCGAGCGGUAUAUGGGCUUAACACAAUAUGAGAACCAAAAAAAUAGUCUGUAUUCUCGUUGCUCCCAACAAUCCAAGAAUUCUUAUCAACAAAUACCUUCGUAUCAACAGUCUGGAAAUGGCUUCUUUGGAGAUUCGUCUGAGCAAGAUUUCGAGUCAAAUAAUGCCUCCAUUCCAUCGGUUAUGAAAACUCAAACAUCACACGAUCAAUUUGUCAGUUGUGAAAGAUCCUACAGAAAUCCUUUCAGAAAACUUUCAGAGAGUGAACAAAUACUGCAACUAAAAAACAAGCUGCUAGGUGAUCUUGAUAAUUCAAAUAGGAGAAGCCCUUCUGUUUCAUUUGAUGCAAAUCAGGAUCUUGGCGUGUCUCAACAUCUGUAUGGUUCCCAUUUUGAGCAUCUAAAGCAGUUGGGAAGUCUGACUGGAUGUUUUUCGUCUGCUUCAAAUCAUUCUGCAUCCAGUGGAGGAGCAGUUUCAUCGAGUAAGUCGAGAAUCAGAUGGACUCAAGAUCUUCACAAUCGAUUUGUAGAGUGCGUAAAUCGCCUUGGGGGUUCUGAUAAGGCAACACCCAAGGCAAUCCUAAAGCUGAUGGAUUCAGAGGGACUUACAAUCUUUCAUGUCAAGAGCCAUUUACAGAAAUAUCGAAAUGCAAAAUGCUUGCCUGACUCUGUUGAAGGAAAAUCUGAAAGGAAGACAAGUGCCAAUAACGCUGCACGGUUUGACUUAAAAACUGGUAUGCAACUCAAGGAAGCACUGCAAGUGCAACUAGAUGUUCAGAAGCGUCUUCAUGAACAACUAGAGAUUCAAAGAAACUUGCAGAUGAGGAUUGAAGACCAAGGGAAGCAGCUGAAAAUGAUGUUUGAUCAGCAACAAAAAACAACUAGAAAUCUCUUUGAUUCCAAAAAUUCAAACCCAAAUCUCAACCUCUUCUCGACCUUUGAGGAUUCACAGAUUUUGGCUUCAGGAGAUUCAGAUAAUAAUUUGGUCUUCCCCUCCAAGAUAAUCUAG